ACCCUAUCAUAUCUGUGUACAUGGGUAGACAGAGUCAGUGUUGUUGCGUCCCACUCAGCACCCUUCUGGUUCAUUUCGGCACCAGCACUCUUUGCGUAUGCAGAGUUGAGUAGAGUGCAAGUUCGGACCACAAGUACACUGCAGCGGCUAGUAGCAAACCUAAUCUGUGCCGUGAUGCCCGGCACGUGUGUGCAUCUACUUCAUCCCUGAGUAACACACCUGGUAUAUUGUGCACAAUAGGGCACAGUAAAUAAUCAGCAUGCAUCGCAGUUUUCUGCAACAUAUUCCUGAAGUCACUUUACACCUCAGAAGAAUUGCGUCGCUGACUGGAAUUCGAUACCGGUUUAGUUUCUCUCUGGGUCAUUAUCAAUCAUAGAAAACCCGUCAUACAAUAGGUUCAAGCUAAAGUACCGUAUCACCAUGGUAAUUACCUGGAAAUUCGGUGUGUUUUCUACGUUUUUGUUAAACAAGCAGCAAUGUGCAACAGAAAUUACCAUGGUGAUAGAGUAGAUGACCGUGUGAAGCGGUGUGAGAUGCAGCAAAGCUUGGUGACAUCGUCCAAGAUCGACAGGGAUGGCGGGUCACCUGCCGUGACGCUGUCGACGCUAUUGUCCAGUCCCGCAUGGAGCCUGUGGCGAAGCCCCUCAUUUGUGGCACUUGUGCGCGCAGUUUUCGUCGGCCACAGGAUAUUGCGACGCACAAGUGUAACGCUGUUCGCGCGGCCCGCGCGCGCUGAGUAUGGCGUUCCCCGCCCGGUGGACAACACGUCUCCUGGUCUGCCCCGUAUGGGGCCACAUAGCCAGUCAUGGCAGUGGAAGAAGGAAGGAAGCUUUCACUGUCCAGGAGCGACACUGACUCGCACUGCUAUCUGGUGCUCACGAGGUGUUUGUCGCGCUGCAAACGGAGCGUCUCUCAUUAGGCGAUUUGAUCGCAGGACGAGAGAGGAGCUGAUGGACGAUCUCUCCAAUGUUCCACUUGGUUCGGAGCGGCGCCGAGUGCUGACGUUGGGACUUGGCCAUUCAACUGCAGUGCCAGUCUGGCUACCUGCCCUGCCUGCGUUCCAGCCUGUGGCUGUAUCCUGCCAUCACAGCGCUGCGACGGUGUUUGGUACGACUGUGCUGAUGGCUCUGAUGCACAGUACUGCCCAGGCAAGGUCACACCAGCUCCAGGCCAGUAUUGCCAAGCACUGGGGACCUUUGGCAAUCUGAAGAAUGUUUUGUCCGAGAAUCGAUCCUUGGAUCUGUGGCGUUGCAGUUGUGGUGCUCCCGACCCUCUUGCGCGAUGGCCGCGGAGACCUAGCGAAAAGGUUCGAGACAUACGGCAUCUCAAUAUCUUCCACCACAAUCAGUACAUCAGCACCACCAUCGAGUGUAGCGACAUCAGCAAUAGAAGACGCACAUGAUAUCAUCCACCCUUACGGCCUUAGCGAAGACCCGGGAAUACCUGAGAAGAUGUUAGCCGCAACUUUACUGGAAAAGUCGUCGGUGACAACGGCACUCCAUAUUUUAGCUGCAUGCAGUUAGGUCUCUCAACAAGUGUACCCAAAGUUUUCAAGCUAAUACACAAGCAAAUUCACUAGGGGCCGAGUAUAUUUUCCUACACCUCUCCCUGUUUGUUGUUGUUAUUUCUGCAUUCAAAUUGUUUGUGUACCUGUACAUUUAUUACAGUAGAGCCACGCAUCCACAGCUGUUGUUUCCAAGGGGUCAGGCUCGUCAGUUAUACAAAACCUUUCAGCAAUCUGGCCUUAGGCUUAGUUCCUUGACUUCUUGUACCACUUUCUUAGAUGCACAUCCCACUGGAUAGUGAGCAAUACGUGUGUAGCAGAAUCUGUAUUCCAGAAAAG